UGACCAACAAAAUUCAAUUCAGUAAAUGGCAAUAUGAAACAAUAGCUACUUAAACUAGUGCUUAGAUAGAGACCUUUUUUCAGUGUUCUGAUUAGUUAAUUUGGAUAGAUUACACUUUAACUGGCAAAAAAAAGCACAGUAUUCGCAACUGUCACUGCUGAUUUAUAUUCGAGUAGAAAACAUGACUAUCCUUCAAGAUGACAAACAGCAAAUGGUAUGAAUGUGUGUGUGUUUGUGUGACAAGCAGAAAUGGGGUGUGCUCAGCUCUGUGGAAAUGAGAGGGAAAACUCAGAUUCUUCAUCACGCACCCUCCCAUACCUCUCCUCUUCGGUUUGGCCCUUUAAAAGCUGCUGCCAGUGCUAUCUUUCAGCCUCAUUAUCAUCCUUUCUUGGCUGGGGAAAAUUGCUAUCCGCCGUUUGAAGUUCAGUGGAAAUAAACAACGAAGCUUCCGAGGUCCUCGGAGAAAACAAGCGUCAACAAAUCAAGGCCCUGGACAACUUUCAAGUGUGAGAUGCUUCUGUGUGUGAAUGUGCUGGUGCUGCUUGUCCUGCAGCCACUUCUUUCCAGCCCAAGGCCACUAACUUCACCGUCCAAAGGAUGUGCCGGCUGCAAAGGAAAGGCUUCCCCAAUCCAUAUGCCCAGAGAUUUAAAUGUCACCGCUCUGACCAUUGGAGAGCCAUGUGGGGUCUACACACUGAGCUGUGCCAGUGGUCUGCGUUGUGCACCUGCAUCAAGUGACCCGCGGCCCCUCCGCACCCUGCUGGAGGGCAGGGGCGUCUGCAGCAACGUCAGUGUCAUCAGCUGGAAGGAAAAGAGCCAGACUGCAGAUCCCGCACCUACCGAGAAUCCAGCGGAGGCCCCAUGUCGGAAGCUGCUAACCACACUUAUCAGAGGCCUUGAUACGCAUUUAUUCAAGUCCCAUCAUGAUAUCUACAUGCCGAACUGCGAUAAACGUGGCUUCUUCAGAAAGAAGCAGUGUUGGUCCUCUCGAGGUAAACAACGCGGUCGCUGCUGGUGCGUGGAUGAGAAUGGCAUGCCGGUGACGUCACAAAAACAUAAAGGCUUGACUUGUUGAAGAGUGUCAAUGUUGGAUUAAAGAAAGGACAAACGUUUGGCGGCCAUCAUGGGCUGAAAAAGGACCUCUUUCUUCCCGGACUUUGGAAUUCCAUGUCUGGUGUCAGAUGUAACUUUGACUAUUGGCGCCCUCUAGGGAACACAUAGUGAACUGUUUUGAUCAGACACGUUUGCAUAAGGCCUUUUAGGACUUAGCUGUAGGUACACUGGCUCAAACGAAUACCAUCUAAUCUAAGAGUUCUAUCAAACGUUAAACUUUGACUGACACUUUCAGAGAGGUAUCACUUCAACAGUAUUUAAUACAGCGUUCGUAGUUUACAGUGCACUGCACAACAAUUAGAGGAAUUUCUAUUUGCAGAAUUUCCAAAGGAAAACCUUCCACAGAAAUUCUUGCAUGUCUGCUUAUGACAAAAUAACGAAGUUGUUAUGUUACAGUUGGGCCCAAAAGGUUUAAUUUAAAGAGUUUUAAAACGCCAUUCAAAAUACACAACCUAUCAUUUCUUAAAAAAUUCAUGUCAAGCAGUUCCCCACAAUUGUAUUUUGUUAGAAACACACGCACAGACCCAACAUACGCGCGCGCACGCACACACACACACACACACACACACACACACACACAUACAUACACAGUUACACACACACACACACUAGCACGCUCGUUAAAGAACUCUUAUGGUGUGAUUUAACUAUACCAAAUUAAGUGUCUGGUGUGUGUUUGCAUCUCCUGCCAAUUGUUCUACAUUAACAUACCUUGUUUGUCAUUUACCAAGUACGUACUGUACAUAAGUAUGUACAUGUAGUAAAUUGCUUUCUCUGUCCGCCCGUAACAUUUUCUACAAUACAUUUCAUUUUCUAUAAGAUAUUCAUAGAUCAAAAUACACCACUGCAAGAGUAACAGUCUGCCUGUUGUUUAUAGUAUCUAUUUGUCAUCUUAUUUAUAUUCUUUUCACCAUUGUGUAUGGUCUUAUCAUAAUUAAUAAUAUUGAUUAAGUAUUAACCAGUGCUAAAUAGCAGAC